CCAUGGAAACUUUCAGUCCGGGGAGGGGGGUGGGGGGAGCGGAUAAUAAUACCCGCACAUGCUCUGAAAUAUGGAAGUACCGCAAUGUGCUUUUACUGUAACAUUUUCCUGUUUUAUGAGAAGUCGUUACAGUCCCAGCUUGCGAUGGUUUGUUUUUACAGGCAAGAAUCCCCCUUUCCCAGCGGGUUUCCUCAGCAGCUUGGAGUGUGAUUAGCAAGCCAAGGCUGUUGGAUUUAUUUAAACACCCUGCCUCUCAUUGAUUAAGAAAUGAAUGGCAGAAAUCACUCAAGAGGAGGUGAAGAAAUAGUCCGCGCCCGCCGCGGCCGUGGGCUGCCAGCGCGGCCACGCCCGCCGCGCCCCGGCCAGGCAGGGCAGGCAGGGCAGGCAGGGCAGGCGGGCGGGCGGGCAAGCAGGCAGGGCAGGCAGACGGGCAGCGAAGGCGGGCUGGGCAGGCGGGGAAGCAGGGCGGGCAGGCGGGCAAGCCGGGCAGGCAGGGCAGGGCGGGCGGGCAAGCGGGCAAGGGGGCAGGCAGGGCGGGCAGGGCGGGCGGCCCCGGCGCGGCGCGCUGUGCGGGGCCGUUGUUGAUGAUGAUUUUUUUUUUAAUCACAGCAGCCCCAGUUUAGCGGAUUGAUUUACUCGCAGUAUUGGUAAAUAUGAUCACGUGGGCUCUGCAACCAAUGGUUGAGGGUUGCAGUCUGCAAAAUACUACGAUUGUUCUCCGGGAGGGUAUCAUAUACAGUUAACAGUGUAACCUUUUAUAUGACUAAGAGGGGAGCCUAAAAUGUCGUCUAGUGGCACCAUAAGUAACUAUUAUGUCGAUUCUCUCAUAGGCCAUGAAAGCGAAGAAGUUUACGGGAGUAGAUUCGUCCAGGGAGGUCACAGUGCGACCUCCAGGCCAUCAGGUGUUGCAGAGAGUUCAGAUUUUUCCUCCUGUAGCUUUGCACCAAAAUCCACCGUGUUCUCCACCUCCUGGUCCACGGUUCACCCUCAGCCGUCUGCGGCAAUGACCGGGAUCUACCACCCCUACAUGCACCAGCCCCACUUAGGGGCAGCCGACGCCGGCCGCUACGUGCGCUCCUGGAUUGAGCCCUUCCCGGGCUUCCCGGGCGGCGGCGGCAGCGGCGGCGGCGGCGGCGGCAGCGGCGGCUCCGCGUCCAGCUCCGGCUCCUCCAACGGGCGCCACUACGGGAUAAAGCCGGAGACGGGAGCAGCCGCCUCCUCGUCUUCCUCCUCCUCCUCCUCCUCCUCCAAAAGGACUGAGUGCUCCUCGUCCCGGGAGUCCCAGGGGAUCGGUGUGCCCGAGUACACGUGCAGCUCCUUCCUCCAGGAGCCCCGGGAGAAGGCGGCUGCCGGCAGCUCCAAGGACCCCGCCGCCUGCAGCCACAACCCCAGCCCGAGCAGCGAUCUGAAGGAGGAGAAACAGCAGCAACUUGACCCAAAUAACCCUGCAGCAAACUGGAUCCACGCUCGUUCAACGAGGAAAAAGCGUUGUCCCUACACAAAGUAUCAAACUCUGGAACUGGAAAAGGAAUUUCUCUUUAACAUGUACCUCACCCGAGACCGCCGUUACGAAGUAGCUAGGAUUUUAAAUCUCACAGAGAGACAGGUCAAAAUCUGGUUUCAGAACAGAAGAAUGAAAAUGAAAAAGAUGAACAAGGAGAAAGGCAAUAAAGGAGACUAACGCUGGGGUAGAAACGCAGUUAGGGAAUAUUAUUUUAGUUUUGAGUUUGGGGCUUUUGGUGUUUGUUUUGGGUUUGGGUUUUUGGUUGUUGGCUUUUGCCUUUUUUUUUUUGUUUUGUUUGGUUUUAUUCUUCCCCUGCACUCUCAGCCCCCCAUACGUUUCUCCUCCUCCUCCCGUGCCCCCCCACCCCGGGAACUUUAAAUCAAUCAGGUCCCCCCCUUUUUUUUUUUUUAGAUAGAAGUGAAACGUGGUCUAUGUCAGGUAUUUUGGGAAAUUUUGUCUUGCUCGCCAACGUGUUUUGCAGAGUCGCUUCAUCCCCCCCCCCGCCCUUCCCAGACCGUUUGGUUGAUGAUAUUGUGAGUGCACGUUAGCUUUGGGAACUCUAUCUGAUGUUAAAUGUUUGACAUGUUUCUUAAAAGUGAUGUAGUCUAGAUAGUUACUUUGCCAAAAUAAAGGUAAGGAAAUUAAUUAUAAUUACGAUAAUAAAAUAUAUAUUAAAUUACAGCCGCUUAAAUCAAUGGGGGUGCUGAGUUGUCCACGAUUAACCAAGA